ACUUGCCCUACCGCUAAGACUUUGGAUACGUGCCAGCAGCGAUGAAUGGGGAAAUCGAACUGGUAAGAAGUUCUGCCGUUCAAAAAAGUUUUUUGAAGUCACCAUCAUGUAGACCAACUCUCCAAAGUGCAGACCACAUCACUUCCUCAGACCUUUCCUUGUAUAGUACGACCGUUUCUCGAAUGUCAGAAGUCGUACGCUCUGAUCUCGAUCAUCUUUCUGAUAUUGGAAUUGGAAGUAACACUACACCUGAAACCUUUGAGAAUGCUCGAAAAGAUCGUGACUUAUCCCGUAAUCCCCCAAAUAGCUCUGGCAUAAUUUUAACACCAGUGUCCUGUCAGGGGUGUCAAGUAUCUACACCUUUAACAGAAGUUUGUGACUCACUAUCUCUUGGAUCACAGUUGACCAGUUCAUGUGUAACUAGCUCUGAUGAUCUGAACAGAAACCAUUUUCUGUGUUUAAUAAAAUCAAACUCAGAACAUUUGGAUAAGAUCUCUUCGGCGUCAGAUGUAGUUGACUUCGGGAAACUUGCGUAUGGUCGCCUUGAUGGACAGUUGUGUGAAUCAGAAUAUCGAAAUAAACUAAACAAAACACAUAAUUUGACUUCUAUUGUUGACCAGUUAACAGAUCCUACUUGCUUGCGUGCUAACAAUCCCAGUGCGGAUUAUCGUUUAAUGAGAGCAGCAUUAGAAUCUGGUGUUACGACUGAUACGCUUACAGGUAUGAAUCAAAAAAGCGACACGAAGUGUAUGCAAGCUGAGUCGGACAGUUUAGACAUAUCAACUGAAUUCGGAGUAUCAAGUAAUGCAUGGAAUCACCGGAAUUGUGUAGGGGUUACUUCUGCAGACCAUGGCUUUUCAUUUGCCGGUGACACAAUUACGUCUCUUGUGUCUAACACAGAAAUAGAUCAAGAUAGUGUUUUAAAUGACGGUCAUUGUAGUAACAUUUUCCCCACUGUUCAUAGCAGCACUUCCACUACUGCAACUAUCGCAGCUAAGCGCCCAAUCACUGGAGCUCAUCAAACAGCACGUUACCCUGCAGUUAAUAAAGGAGGUAUGUGGUCGAGUAAUUCUAAUGGGCUGUCAAACUCUGCACUUGGAUACAUGGUUUCCAACGCAUGGAGCAGCAACGGCACCAGUGUUUCAGCAAAGUUGGGCAGUAAUCCUGUCACUGAUUCAAAUCCCCCUACAGUUUGUGAUUUUCCUGGAAAUGAAGGUAAUACGGUUUCGUGGUCUCAAAAUUCGUCAGCUCAUCAAACACUUCAUAAGCCAAACGUUCAGAACAUCCCAAAUAUUGUCGGACCUGUGGGUUUUGGUAGUGGAAUGGCUAACGGUUCCUUAAAUCGAACAGCUGUUUCCGUGGGUCUUGUAUCAGUAUCUACAACCGGCGUCAGUAUUACUAGUAACAAUAAAGUAAACGAGGCAGGUCUUUCAAAUAUAUAUAGUAUGUUUCCUAAGCGCCCCCAACACCGAAUGAUGGCACAUUGGCAGCAACAGCAACAACAUCAUCAAAAUUCACAACAAGUACCAUUAGGUAAAAGUCUCAUGAACAUUGCCACAAGUAGUAUUCAACUAAAUGGUAAUCGUGGUAGUUUAACUGGAGUUAAUUCCACUCUCUCAGCUCUACCGAAUGGUUGUGAGGAUUCCGGUGUAAAUAAUAGCGCUGGAAGUUUCAAUAACCACUCUGUCAUCCAGUCACUAAACAGUGUUGGGUCUUCGACGUCUGCAAAUAGUUCACUGGUUCUGUGUUCUUCUGGAGACUCUUUCACAAAUACCUUGUCAUUCAAUAGCCCAACAUCGGAAAGUUCCUUAGAUAGUUUCAAAUACGGGUUAGAUCAACAGCUUAUGGAAGUUAUCAAAUCUUUUGAAAUCAGUAGCAUCGGAGGUUCUAAUUUAGUUUCUUCGAAUGCAAAUAACACAUCUAUGGGAGGGAUCGAUGAUUUAACAUUGUCAUCUAAUUUUGGAGAGGUAGACCAACAAAUACCUGGUUUAAAUUCUGCGAGCCAAAUACCUGUCUUAGGCUCAUCGUCGAUACACAACUCAACACCUAUGAUAAAUGGUUCAAAUAACCAAAGUUCAAAUUUUAAUAAUCUUUCUAGCUACAACGGGAGUUCAAUGAUGGGUUCAGCUGGAAUAACAAGUCCGUAUUCUAUGUUUGCAAAUAUUUUUACUCGUGAAGAGGGAUUUUCACGCAAAGUAUUCGUUGGAGGUCUCCCACCUGAUAUAGACGAAGAGGAAAUAACUACUGCUUUUCGUCGAUUUGGUCCUUUAAUAGUUGACUGGCCCCAUAAAACUGAAAGUAAGGCAUAUUUUCCACCAAAAGGCUAUUGUUUUCUGCUAUUCCAAGAUGAACGAUCUGUUCAAAGUCUUAUUAAUGCUUGUAUUGUUGAUGAAGGGAAAUACUAUUGGUGCGUAUCAUCACCUACGAUGAAAGAUAAACCCGUUCAAAUCCGACCAUGGAACUUAGCGGACUCCGAUUUUGUCAUGGAUGGUUCACAACCAUUAGAUCCUCGUAAAACAAUUUUUGUUGGAGGUGUUCCCCGUCCACUUAGAGCUAUCGAACUUGCCCUAAUAAUGGAUCGCUUAUAUGGAGGUGUUUGUUAUGCUGGCAUAGAUACAGAUCCAGAAUUGAAAUAUCCUAAAGGUGCUGGUCGUGUCGCUUUCUCAAAUCAACAAAGUUACAUCGCUGCAAUUAGUGCACGAUUUGUGCAAUUACAGCAUAAUGAAAUUGAUAAACGAGUUGAAGUUAAACCAUAUGUCUUGGAUAAUCAAAUGUGUGAUGAAUGUCAAGGUACUCGUUGUGGGGGUAAAUUUGCCCCAUUUUUUUGCGCGAAUGUUACUUGCCUUCAAUAUUAUUGUGAACAGUGUUGGGUACAGAUACAUAGUCGUUAUGGUCGUGAAUAUCAUAAACCUCUAGUCAAAGAAGGAGCUGAACGUCCUCGUCCUGCACUUUAUCGAUGGUAGACGCAUACAAAUGUGUUAUUAUUUGAUAGCUUGUUAUAUCUUUCAGCAUGCUUGUUUCAUAAAAAUUGGAAAUGUUUCUUCUGAUCUCGACCUCUUACUUUCAUUGUCUUCAACCUGUCGUAUUCUCUUGUUUUUGUUUUAAUCAUUUGGUGCUUUCCUUACUUUGUCGUUUUUUCUAGUUUUUCUCUUAGAUAUUUUGCCGGUUUAAAUCCUUUUUAUGUCAGCUAUCCAACACCUAUAAUUAUAAGCGAUCAAUGAAUUCCACUGACAAAGGUGGAUUCAUUUGAUUAAAAAAUGAUCACUGAGUUAAAACAUUUUUGCGCAAGGCCUCUCUAAGUUGAUGUUUUUAAAAAUAUUUUCCAUUGGAAUAUAAGUCUGCUUUUUUGUUGCCAUUUCCUAGUCUGUGAUUUCUCAUUUACCGAAUGCUUAUGAUUUGUUCCUCAGUUAAUUAUAUAUAUAAAAGCACUCAUAUAAUAUAUCUUAUAGACGACCUAAGUGUAAAUGCAGAAGACACACAAAUUGCAUACUUUGUUACUAUUACUUCUUGUUACUAUUAUUCGCAUCAUUAACUACUCAUCCUUUUCAUCAACUAGUUAGUGUGUUUCCUCCUCUUACUUUUAUAUUUUUAUCCCGUUGUUUACUUACUUGUUGUAUUCCUAAGAAGAAGAUGUAAUUGUUUUUUUUAAACUGUGAUUCAUUCUUAGUUUAGUUUCCUCUUCUGAAUUCUUCUUAUCUCUAUCUGUGGAUAAUUUUCUUUCGUGUUAGUUCAUUUCAUGUUUAAUUGAAUUGUGAUCUUGUUUUUCUUUCUUAAGUUUUAUUUGAUAUCUUUAAAUGCUAUUCACUUUUUCCUGUUUGUUUUGUUAACUUUAUUGGGUUACUCUUAGUAAUAAUAAUAAUGUAAUAUCUUUUUGUUUUGUUCAUUUCUUUCAUUUAUUUACCUAUCUAAUUUUGUUUUCAUGUCCUAUUUCUAAUUGUGAUCAUUUGAUGAUUGUCUCUGUUGGUUAUUCUCUUAGUUUGAUUUGAAGUUUUUUUAUCUAGUUGAUCAACGCAUGUGGGGUACCUCGAUCUCUCUUUAUGCAUUAUAUAUGAUUAUUAUUAUUAUUACCAUUUCUGUCCAAUAAAGAAGUUGGUAUUGAUGAUAGUUAGACCAUCUUCAGUAUAUAUAUACUAAUAUUUUUGUUUAUAAAAAAAUCGACAAUGUUAUGUUUUACACAUUUUAGCUUACUAAUUAUUAGAGGUGAAUUUUCUUUUAGUCAUUGAAUAAACACCCAUUUAUGAUGUAUACUUAUUUUUAGUUUUUAAUUUCAUUCUUUUCUAUAAACAUAUUUAUAUAAAUAUUAUUAUUUGCAUACAUGCAUAUUUACUAUACACAUUAUUUUAAUUGUACUUGUUUUCUUUCUCUUAUAAAGCAACAUUUACACAAAAAUGAUUAGCUAAUGCAAGUGCACUAGCACAUUGCUUUACAUACCAAAGAUAGAUAUAACAUCUACUUUUAUGCAUCAAUUCGGUAGUAUGUGUCUUGUAUAUCUAUCCUAAGUGGUAGGAUGCAAGCGAUUGAAAGUAAUAUGGUUUACUCACUUCCAAAACUUUUUUGUUAACUGAUUUUUACUAUUAUUACUCAAUUUCUUCUGUUGACAAUGUCUUAUAUACAUAAACUGAAGAAAACGUUUUCUAGUUUCUGUUAUGAAUCUGAAGUUUCCUCUAAUGGUGUAGCCUCUAUCAUAUACUCCCCGCCAAACUAUCAUGUUUCCUUGGUAUCUUUCUACUUGGUAAUUGUCACUACCUUUUUCUUUCCUUUGUUUUUGUGUUUAAACACUGGGUGAAAAUGUUUCGAGCCCUGGGGGGGUGUAUAUGUGGGGUACUUUUUAUUUUUGUAAUGUUAUUUUGUUGUUUGGUAUUUUCCUUUGUUUAUUUAUUUUUCAAUGUAACACUUUUUACAAAAACCC